GACAAACUUAAUAUAAUAAUUUUAUACAUUUCAAAUAAGUAUACCGCUUUAUAAUAAGUUUAAGAAAUGUCAAAUUCACCUAAUCAAUCAACCCAAUUUGUUCCUAUUAAUGUAUUAUCAAGAUUGAAAAUAUCCCCAGGAAAAAAUCUUACAGGUAAUGUAAGAAUUGUUCGUGACUUAGCAACUGACAUACAUUCCAGUAUUCAACAAUGGAAUGUAAUUCAUUUAAACGGUAUUAUUAUUCUCAAAAAUAUUGCAAAUAUAAAAAUUGAUAAAACCUAUCCUGAAGAAUUAAAAGGUCUAUGUGAAGAUUUAGGAAAAAUCUGUGAUGAAUCAGAUAAAAUUGUUGAUAAUCUAAAACUAUUGGCUAAUAAAAUGAAGGCAAUUUCUGAUUUAUAUAAAAGAACUGAUAAUUUAUUUACAACAUGGCCAGUCAAAAAAUUUGUUUCUACAUCAGAAAAAAUAUAUCAAGUUUAUCAAAAGGAAGCAAUAGUAAAAAGAAUUAUUUCAGAAGACAUGGCACAUGAUUAUAGAGAUUCUUGGAAAAUCUUACAUCUUGCAGCAUGGGUACAUCAAACACAAAUAUCUGAUAAUGUAAAAACUAUUUUGGAAUCAAUGCUCAUUGAAACUAAAUUAAGAUGAGGUUUCAACGAACUUUUUAAGUAUACCAGAAUGUUUCUGUACAAGACGCCAACUAUUUAUUAACAUACAAGAAUCUUGGAUCCGUCAAUUUACAUUAAAAAUAUAAUUGCCCCUGAAAACAUGAAUUUCAGUCAUGUAGGCUCAUACGCUUCAUUAAUAAAAUACUAAUUGUGUAAGAUAGGAUUAAAUAUUCAAUAAAAAUAAUCUUUUCA